GUUUUAUUUCAGGAUACGUCAUAUUGAGCGGUAGAAAGAAGGGAUCAGAUUGCUGCAAAAUGACAAUAUGCUAUUUUGAAGUCUUUACACCUUAAAAUAUCAUAUCAAAGUGUGCUACUUAUCAUUGUUACUUUGUUGUGUGACUUUUUUGUAUACACAACUAUCAUCUUGACGAUACACCUUAAAUUUUCAAAAAAGCCCGCUUCUUUACUCUUUUUUUUUUGUGUACCUCGAAAUGGGCCUUUACUCAUGGUUCUUCCCUUCGUCAACAACUCCAGAGCUCGAUGAGAUUCCAAAGAAGACCGCAUGCUACCACAUUGAAGGAUUCCUGACCUGUCAUUACUUUCAACUUGCAACCGAAGUUGCCGAUCGCCUUACUGCGAAACAUCCUCACGUGAAAACCGACGUCAGUGCAUAUAUCAAACAACAAUGGUACGAUCGAUCCAAGGAAUUGCAAGAGGAGUUCGGCAAUAAUCACAGAACAUCACCGUUUAUCUACGAAGGCUGCGUUGCUGGACAACAGAAGUUUGUAGGAGGUUAUAGCGAAUUUGCAAAGGCUGUCAAGGACAGCUACAAGAUGAACAUCCCGCUGGAUUAAAAGGACAAUGGAUGGAGGAGUACGAAACCAAACCUGUAUGCAGUAUCGAAAAUCGGGGAGCGACUCCAUAGAGGACAGGAGACCGAGAAGAGAAAAUGUAGAUAGACUCGCUAUAUGCAAACUGUACUUUAACAAAUAUUACUUUUAUACAAUUGCCAGUAAUGUGGCACUGCUCUGCAACCCCGUGAGAGAGUUGUUGCCAUCCGGUGACCCUCACAUCUUUCAUCAUAAUGGCUGUUUUUGGCGGGUGUUAAGCAACAGACAUGGAUAGGUGGUCAAAUUCCUGCAACAGCAAAACCAAUUUUUCCCACGAGGGACUCCUGCUAAUUCGACUGCAAUUUCCCUUCUUCUUAUUUUUA